AGUGGCCUUGUCGCUAUUUGGACUUUAAUCUGUGUGUGCGCGUAGUUGCUUAGAGGUUGAGCGAAGUUCCGCGACUGUUGCCGCUGAAUGCACAUAGUUUAAUCUUGAAACGUUUUAUGUUGCAAAGGAUAGCAACAUGGACGCGGUGAAGGCUUUCAACACUGAGAUGGCGUCCAUGCUGGACAUGAAGCCGCCCAUCUCCCGAGCGAAGAUGUUGUCCAUUACCAAAGCCGGGAUGAAAGCGAUAAAACUGUAUAAACACGUCGUACAAAUCAUUGAGAAGUUCAUCAAGAAGUGUAAUCCUGAGCUCAAGGUUCCCGGUCUGUACGUGGUGGAUUCGAUCAUCCGACAGUCCCGUCAUCAGUUCGGAGAAGACAAAGAUGUGUUCGGGCCGAGGUUCCUGAAGAACAUCAACGCCACCUUUCAGAGUCUUUACGAGUGUCCUCCUGAUGAUAAGGACAAGAUCCUGCGUGUGCUGAGUCUGUGGCAGAAGAACUCCGUGUUCGGUAUGGACGUCAUCCAGCCACUGGCGGACAUGUCCUCGUCUCCUGCAGCUCCUGUUCUGGAGAACGGUGGCGUGCUGCGAGGUUCUCCAGCCGGAGCCGAGUGUGUUCAACCCACACCAGAACUCCCCACAACUCCCGUACCUCAGAACCCAGCAGAUCAGCAGAACGACGUGACGCUCGCUGCCGUGACUCAGUUCCUGCAGUCCACUCAGGGCCUUGACCUCCAGCAGAUUCUGAGGACUCUCCAGCAGGGAGGCGCUACACAAGCCAGCUCGCCGAACACCGCUAGCAUGGGGAACUUGGCUAACGCCACUUCUGCUCAACAGAACAACUCGAUCUCCAAGUUGACGUCCAUGCAGGACCGAUUCGACUAUAAUGAGGAACCAGGCAUUGCAGAACCACAGAUGGUGGGAAUGUCUCCUGCAUCCUCCAUGAACGUUCCACAUUCGCAGCGAACUCAAGGCCACUUCCUCAGCCAGUUUUCCAACCAGGCGUUUCCCAACACUCAGAGUGAACACACUGUGACCACACCUGAUCAUACCAUCUCUCGGCUUAUUCUAGAAUCCCAAACGGUUGAAUCAGAUCAAGUCAGGAGAGAUGAGCGAGAGAGGAGACACAGCAUGAGGUCGAGGUCAAGGUCUCCCAGAAGGCGUUCGUCGUCUCGCACCCGCUCUCAGACGCGACAUUCGCGGCAUCGCCGCUCUCACUCUCGCGAGCGCCGGCGGACCCCCCCGAGGUUGGGCUCGGAGGACAGAAGGGAGAUGGAGAGAAGGAAUAAAGGACUCCCACCUAUAAGGAGAGAGACCCUCAGCGUGUGCAGUACGACACUGUGGCUCGGUCAGCUGGAUAAGAAGACGCAGCAGCAGGACGUCAGCAGUCUGAUGGAAGAGUUCGGCCAGAUCGAGUCGAUCAAUAUGAUCCGUCCCCGAGGCUGUGCCUACAUCAUUAUGGUCCACAGACAGGACGCCUACACGGCCCUGAGUAAACUCUGCCGUGGAAACAUGAAGAUCAACCACAAAUCCUUCAAGAUCGCAUGGGCGAUGAACAAAGGCGUCACAGGACGCUUCAAGAAGUACUGGAACAUGGAGCUGGGCGUCACCUACGUCCCCUGGGAGAAGCUGAAGGACACGGAGAUAUCAGCUUUGCGGGAAGGCGCAGUGCUCGACCAGGAAACACUGAAGCCAGAGUGGGCCUCGAUGCUCGGCGAGUUCGCGAAACCCGCGGCAGAGGGAUCCGAAAAGGAGCGCGAGGGCGGAGCUUCAGUCGCGUCCCAGGUGCCUGCUGUGAGCACAGAAACUGGCGUCCAGCGGCCAAACAUCCUGCCAGUUGAACCUGUGGAUCCUCCAUCGAAAACCCCAUCGAUGCUCCCCGUAGCUACAUGGAACCGUUCCCUCUGACUCGUCCCCCUCUUCAUCAGUGUCUGCUUCUGUUUCCCAACGUCCUGCGCCCACCAAAUCUGCUUCCUAACGUACCCAGAGCUCCCAUGUACCGGAUCCGGUUGCCCGUCCCCACUGAGGAUUUUCCGCGCCCGGGUCCGAUGGAAGCUGAGCACUGGAACAGCAGGCCUUUCAGGAAUGACCGGCAGGAAAACGGACCUCCCAGAGGACCACCCGAGCGCUUCGGCCCAGAGCCUCUGUUCAGGCCAAGCAGGUGGAACAGGGGAGGUCACUGGGGUCAGGGACAGUUCAGAAAUUGAUACUCCAAAAAAAAAAAUAAAAACAUUUAAUAAUAAAACUCAAAAUUUAUUCAAAUGAUUUACAAAAAUUUUUUUUUUAUUUUAAAAAGAGAUUUCCAACAAAAAUGAAGCAAAACAAGCUACAAAAUUUACUUAGAAAAUUACAACAUUGCUAGAAUUUUAUUUUUAAUAUAUUGUCUAUGGCCUUAAAUUAUAAUAAAACAAAUUCCUGAAAGAAAGAAAUACCCUCUAAAAAAAAAACCUACAAUCCAAAAUUGACAAAAAUUGAAUUUCAAAAAUCUCUUAACACACUGAAGUGAAGCCUUUGCAACUAAAACUAUAUCAGAAAUAUAAUCCAAUUUACUAAUUCCUUAAAAUUGACCCCAAACCUCUUAAAACCCCCAAAAUUGUAGCCUGAGCUUUUAGUUCUGAGCUCAGGACUGUUCCGUUGUUCUGAUGUUUGUCCUCGGUGCCCUCGCCCCAAAAAAGCCCUUGUUGCUACUGGAUAUAUUUUGUUCUAAAUGUUUACGUCGAGGUUCUGGUUCUCCAGUUUCGGAGGAUUUGUAUAUUUUGGAGUUCGGACUGUAAAAAGCCUCGGACGCUCUCUGUUUUAAUAAACGAUUUUUUUUUCUAUUCAA